UAGAAGUAAUAGAAGUUUCACAAUAUAUACCUGCUGCAGUUGUCUACCCUCUUUUCAUUUUAAAGGGUAAACUAUAAUACUAAAUGGCGCUACCGAACGGCCCGAUGGAGAUUGUGUUCUCAUUUGAUACCACAGGAAGUAUGUACAGUUAUCUGGAAGAGGUUCGUGGACGCGUCUCUGACAUGAUACAGCGCCUCCAAGCAGAUAUUCCUGGCAUAAAGAUAGCCAUCUUUGCACAUGGUGACUACUGCGAUAGAAAAACCUACGUCACAAAAUACAUCGAUUUCACUGAUGACGUAGCCAAACUGGUAGCGUUCGUAAAUAACGUGAAAAGAACAAGCGGAGGCGAUGCAGACGAAUGCUACGAACUUGUUCUACAUGAAGUAAGAACAAAACUGACUUGGACACCGGGUUCACAGAGGGCACUUGUUAUGAUUGGAGAUUGCAGACCGCAUGAACCUGAUUAUUCCCAAAAUAAAUUGAAACUAGACUGGAGAAAGGAAGCCGACAGUCUGGCGGUUGUUGGCGUACGUAUCUACUCUGUUCAGUGCGGCUCAAACAGUUAUGCCGACGAAUUUUAUGGCGAUAUAGCAAAGAAAACAUGCGGACAACAUCUCAAAUUGGAAGACUUCAAAAAUAUUUUUGACUUUUUGAUGACAGUUUGCUAUAGAGAAAAUGGUGACGACCUUUUUCAGAACUACGAAAAGGAAGUUCGUGCAAGAACUGGAGCAAUUCACAAGGAUUUAGAUAAGCUGUUUGGUGACUUACGUGACAAAGCACCAACUGUCCCAACAACCGUUUCUCCAUCGGCUGCUGCAGCGACCAAACCCGCACCUAAAACAACCCAUAAACUCAUUAAGCUGACAAAAGCAACGCCUUUGACCAAUAAACCAUCGUUUACGAAAAGAUCAAUCCGGACGAAGCCAGCAGUUCCUAAACACAAGAAGUUCGAGGAAAAAUAUUUGGCAAAAUUACGUCGAGAAAACGUCACUGAAUGCAACUUUACGCUAAGAGAAAUGCCUUGGUCGGCAUGGAAAAUUGCCGUAUCACCAUCGGAAAUGAAGUCUUUUGGAGUUACGACUUUGCGAUCAGGAAGCGGAUGCGGAUUCAGAGCAAAGAGCAUUUUUGGUGGAAAAACGAAUGUUCCUGCUCUGUAUGAGAUUGCUGUUCAGACAAAAUACCGGACAAGAAAGCAUGUUGUGUACAAUAAACUAUGUCGUCGAGGAUUUGCAAAUAAAGCAAACUGGGAAAGAUGCCUACUCGGUCGCUCAGACAUUCGAACCCAAGUUAAUGAUGUUGUGAAGAAAAACUGCAGUGUUUUUAUUCGAAGGAUGGUAAUAAAAACUCCAAAAAUAAAUACUGCGGCGCGCAAAAGUCUGAAGCGAUAUGACUACGCAUGGAAGGCGCUUAGGUCCGAGCGAGUUGGUCACAGGAAAGUAACAAAAGAUUCAAUUGACAUUUCAAACGAAAUGGAUGUGUAAAGUUUAAAAUACAUCGUCAAGUUUAGAAUAUUUUACUUUAUGUUGUACAAUUUUUAUUCAGAUUCACUAUUCAUUUUACUUGUAUAUAAUUAUUGUUAUUUUUCAUUUACUUGCUAAGUUUUGUAUACAUUGCAUGUAGUGUUAUUCAUUUUUGUUUGUUUGAUUGUUUAACUUCAGCAUGUCAAAAUAAAGUUGUUAUUUGAAUGCUGAAAUUAUUUCUAUUUCUAUCAAAGGUCGGCUAUACAUGACGUCGUUGCGAAUAUAUUACAAUGUUCGAUAUUACAAAAAAGACGCAGUGUUAGAUGUUUUGAAUGCAUACUUUUACUACUAUCUAAAUAUUUUGUAAUGUGUUCUAGUUCAGAUUGUAUGGAUGCAAAAAACAAAUGUAUAGAUAUCUGAGACAUUUUUAACAGCCGUGUUCGCGUGACUACAAACACAAGAAUCUCAUUCGAUGUUAUUUUAUCGACUCUACAAAUAUCAACAUAUAGCCAA